AUGUCGACUGUAGAAGAUUUCAUGAAUAAGGAGAGAUUGGAGGCUAUACAGUCUGGCAGGUCGAUAGACCACCCUCACCAGCAGAACAAGCCUGGUAUCAGCCUCAUCUCUGAUACACUCAAUUCAUUGAGAAUACAAUCAGCUAGGAAAUUACCGACAAAAUUUAUUUCCUCGCCCUCUUCUACAAUAACGCCCUCUGUCGAUGGCAAGUACGUCUUCGUUGCAAACCAAUCCUCGAUUGAAAUUCACAAUCAUUCACAUUUGAUACAUACGAUCAACAACGCACACAACGCGAAAAUUACUUCGAUACAGACCCUUCAUUAUGACAAGCAUAAGAUUAUCACCGCUGCCUUAGACGGCGCUAUCAUUCUCUGGGAUACUCUCGAUUUUAGCCCUAUUAAGCACAUCACUUACUACUCACCUAUUUCUCACCUUUUAGUACAACAAUCACAGUCUGACAGAAACCAGACAAUUUUGUUCAUUGCUUUGAAUAAGAUCGCUCAGCGUAGUAGGGCUGCCGACGGUUCUGACCGUCCACCAGUCAUAAACACUGUUUACUACAAGUACACCUGGUCGCACAACAAGUCAGUCAAGAAACAAUCCCUUUUACUCGGUCAAACGCGCCCACCGACCUCAGUCAACUUGAACGAUGACAUCCUUACCGCUCAAUGUGGUAAGAAGUUGAACGUUUCACAACAUAAUCUCGUUGAUAAGCGUUCAUUCGUUAAAUGGGUAAACCCAGAGAAGCAAAUGCAAGCUGCUUUAGACCCUCUUAACGAGUUCUACGUUACCUCUGAACUCAGCUCUGGUAAAAUUCACCUCUGGCCAUACUCUGUUAUCGCGUCUGAAUUACCAGCUAAACCACAAGUUUACUCAUUCAAUCACCCAGGUUUCCAAAACAACUGUCCAACAGAGGUACUCCAUUGGCACUCACAUCCUAUCAAAGCACUCACUUUCACUCCAAAUGGUUCCUUCCUCCUCAGUGGUGGUGAUGAAGGUGUCCUAGUUAGAUGGCACGUCCGCCAAACAAAUGGUCGUCUCGCAAAGAAGGAUUUCUUGCCAAGACUCGGUGCUGGAAUUUCCUACAUCGUUUGCAAUGAUGAAACCAAUUGGAUUGUUGGUCUAGUUGAUGGAUCAAAGGUUUACGUCGAUGGCGCACAAUGGAGAGUUGACCAUGUCGUUCGUGGCUUGGUUAUCCCAUCUGUACCUAACCACCACGAGAGAAUACCAAUCACAAACACUCACGAUGGCAAGCUUAUUUUCCCAUCUUCCCAUCCAUCUGUUUUGCAGAUUUACGAUAUCAACAACAACACAUCGGAAGAGCUGGAGGUCUCACCAAACAACAGAAUCGUCAAUAAGGGUGAUUUCCAUGAUAAUAGCCAAUUCAACAUUCAAGGAAGAGUGGAGGAUGUCUCCUCAUGUCGUGACUGGUUGGCUACCGUUGACAGUGCAUCUGUAAAAAUUUGGCAAAUUGAUCAAGAAAGUGGUAAAUAUCAACUCAACACUCGUAUCGAUAAGCCACAUGGCGAUUCGGCAGUCACUCAAGUUUCCUGGUCGAACUCCUCAAAAGGCGUGCCAGUGUUGGCUACUAUUGGAGAAGAUCGCAAGUGUCGUCUCUGGAGAGCCGAGCCGUUGGACUACAGGCCAAAGGCUUUAGGAAAGAUCAAGAGUAUUAUUCGUGAAGGUCAAGUCUCAUUUAGCUUGUUCGCUACACUCAAUUACAAAGAUGAAGAGAUGAACAACGUUUUCUUCUCUCCAGAUUCAUCACUCCUUGUCAUGGUUCACCCAAGCACCAUCUCAUUGUGGAAUCCAACAGCCGUCUACACUGGAAAGAACGCACCAUCAUUACUUAGAGUCCUCAGCGGAGAGGGUGUCACAUUAAACGAGGGUGUAUUUGUGGGCAGCAGCUAUAUAGCUGUUAGAGCGACAGCCGGAGCAGGUGAAGCAUGCCAUGGUGUUUGUUUAGUAUACAAUCUCACCAAUUGUAAAUGCAUUUACACACACUCAUUCGCGUACACAACUCCUCAAAUUUUGGCGCACUCGAGUGCUAACAAGUUUGCCCUUUUCUCUGGCGCUACGAGACCACGUAUGAACACUCAAGACAACGAGAAGGAAGCUGAGCGUGAGAAGGUUUUAAGUAAGAGUGCUAUCGCAACCCAGAUGACAACUUUCACUAUCACCAACGAGGGUCUCAUUGAGCGUGAGGAAGUUACUGAAUUUGACAAUAGUUAUUUCAAAUUCGCGUUCAUGCCACUUUCAGAGGGAUUCAAUUUGGUUGGUUUGGCCACAACACACGAAAACCGUGUGCGUAAUUUCGCACACUCCCAAACGUAUGUUAUGGGCAGCGCUGGUGCGGUCUUAAUUGGCGACCAAGCAUCCAAGUUCGAUCUCAGGAGAGAUGAGAUUAAGCAGGACCAAUCGGGUAACAUGUUUGAAGAGAUCUUUGGUAAAUUUGACGACCAUUUGGCGCUCUUUAGGGAUAACGAGAUGGAGAAGGAUAAUGCAUUCAUUAAUGCGAAUGAAGCGGGAUCUAAACGUACGAUUAAGAACCUCUUUGAUGGACCAUCACAUUUGCUUCCUGGACCAGAAAUGCUCUACGGGGACUUCCUUGAAGGCUUCCUGCCUAAGAGGGUCAACAACGUCGAUGAUUCAAAGACGACGUCUAUUAUUUAUGAGGAUACACCUAACGGUGAUAUUAAAAUGCAAGAGGAUGAUAUCUCAGGCGCUGAAAUCCAACGUAAUCGCCAUAUAGAUAGCAGCGAAGUUAAAUUGAUGACACAGUUAUUUAGAGAGAUAAUAUAA